GAGUCAAGGGAUAAGGAACGAGGGCAAGGGGAGACGGGGAUAAAAAGAGGAGGAGGCCACACGGAAGUCGGCAGCGAUGGCGUCGACAUCAGCCCUAUCAUGGAGCUCUUCCUGCUGCUCGUCGCCGCGGUCAUUGGGCGGAAGCCUUCGUCGCGGAAACCCCAACCCCGCGGACACGGGGAGGGCGGCGCCCAUCGUGGCCCAGAAGAAAGCCAAGAAGCUUCGAAAGAUUAUUCUCAAGGAGGACGUCCCGGGGAUGGGGAAGCAGGGGCAGCUCCUGGAUGUGAAAGCCGGGUUCCUUCGCAACUACCUUCUCCCCACGGGGAAGGCCCAGCUCGUCACUCCUCUCUUGCUCAAGGAAAUGCGGAUUGAGGAGGAGAGAAUUGAGGCUGAGAAAAAGCGGGUAAAAGAGGAGGCACAACAACUUGCUCUAAUUUUCCAAACAGUUGGAGCUUUUAAGGUGAAGCGCAAAGGUGGCAAAGGAAAACAAAUUUUUGGAACUGUUACUGCGCAAGAUCUUGUUGACAUAAUCAAAGCACAGCUAAAUAGGGAUGUCGACAGACGGAUUGUCACCCUUCCAGAGAUCCGUGAAACUGGUGAAUAUGUUGCUGAGCUUAAGUUGCACCCAGAAGUCACUGCUCAAGUAAGAUUGAACGUCUAUGCAAAUUAAGUGAACCAUCUUUCAAAAUCCUUCUCUCUUCGCAGGAGGUCAUGUAAACAAUCCGAUUGAAGAGAAAUAUUGUUCUUCCUAUAUGUAAUGAAUUUUCUGCUCUCAAUAGGUUCUGUCAAAAGCAUAUGCUGGUACCUACUUGCACAUGAAGAGCAGAGUUCCAGCACAGUGAGAUGUAGAGGAAUGUUUGUCCUUUGUCCUUCUAACUUUCAAAUUUAGUGCUUGUGUACAUGUUCUUUUUACCCUCAUCCUUUCUGCAAACAGUUGCUGAUUUGAUUAUUUGUACCAGGAUAACUACCUCUCUAAGAGGCACCAUGUUAUUAAUCACUUGCUUGAUUGGAUGCUAUGCUUUGUAUU